UUGGCGGCGCAAAAGGGUUAACUAUAGGCUCAGCUGACACACACGUGAAUCACUCAGGUCAGCGGGGCCAUGGACAAGGGACAGUACUACGAUUACACGAUUACACGCCAAUAUGACCAAUGUUAUGGUCAUGUGAUCGAAAGCCUGCGUGUACGAGGACACAGUGUGUAGGAAAGCGGCAGUUCAAGACCGGAGAGCGUCGAGACCGGGACUGUUAGUCGGCUAUGAAGUCGGUCCUGGUCGAGUCCUCAUGUGUUGAUGUACAAGUCAAGAAAGAGAGACAGUAGAGUUUUGUACGGUGAGAUUAGUUAUAAAACAACAACCAAACUGGGAAAUGAGCACACUAUCAACUCUCUUUGUCACACUCUUAGGAGUGUUUCCACAACUUAUACAAUGCUGUCAUCCACUGACCUUUAGUGUGAUUGACCUUUCCCACACUCUGGAGAGCAGCUCUUUAAAAUGGCCAACAGCAUCAGAUUUUAAAUUUAGUAUUUUAGCAAGAGGAUGGGUACAAAAUAAAUUUUGGUAUGAGAUGAAUAAAUUUGACACACCAGAGCAUAUUAGUACUCACCUUGAUGCACCGGCUCACUUCUCAGACACCAAUUGGAAACUGCAUGAGAUCCCAGCAGAUCGAUUGGUUGGACCAGGAGUUGUAAUUGAUAUUAGAGAUAGAGUAGUCAACGAUCCUGACUAUAGACUUCAAAUUUCUGACAUUGAAAGCUGGGAAAGUGUGCAUGGAACUAUUCCAAAAGGUGCUGUUGUAUUUAUGUGGUCAGGCUGGGACAGUAGAUAUCCAGACAAGACUGCAACUUUUAACUCAGAGACACCAGAUGAUACUUCAACUUUCCAUUUCCCAGGUUUUCAUCCAGAAGCUGUGAGAUGGUUGAUUGACAACCGAAGUAUUGGUAUGGUUGGAGUAGAUACACCAUCGACAGACUAUGGCCAGUCUGUUGACUUUGAAGUUCAUCAAAUUAUAAGUAAGGCUAAUGUUCUGGGUUUAGAGAAUGUAAACAACUUGAUGAAACUUCCAGCUACAGGGUCAACUAUUGUUGUAGCCCCUAUCAAGGUAGUUGAUGGCAGUGGUGUGCCCAUUCGACUUUUAGCACUCCUUAACCAAGAUGGUCAACCUCUAUGUGAAACAAACUAUAAAGAUGGCACUUGCUUUCGCCCCUGAUUAAAUGAAAUUACUGCCUUGGUUGUUUUUUUAAUAGAUUUGUAAAAAUUUCUAGAUGUUGUUUAAAUAUUAUUUUAUAUUUUAGACUAUUUUAAAGACAAAUUUUUCAAUGGUUAUAUGGUCUUAACUGGUAGGAUUGUGAAAUGUAACAAAAAAAUGUAUAACUGACCUUUAUAUUAAAUGUGUCCAUUCAAACAAUAAAUGCUGAUACUUUUGAUGAGAGUUGCUUUUUUUGUUCAUGAUUAACUUAAGAUGGUCGCAUGGAAAAAAAAGACUCCAAGAAUUUUUAUUACCAUAAGUGUAGGCAGUUAGCAAUAAUAUGUUACUUAAUCUGUUUUGGUCAAUGUCUAAGAAUCUGUAGUAAUUCUCUCAUGAUAAAACAGUAUAAAUUGGCUGUGCAAUGUUGUGUUUUGUAAUAAGAAGCAAUGCUCAUUGUUCAUCCUGUGGAGUAUUAGAACCUGAUAUUAUAUUAGCAGCUUGGACUCAUUCAUAAGUUGACCAUUUAGAAUACAAAGGAUUUUUUUCUUUGUACACAUACUAACAUUAAUAUAAAUUUGAUAAAGUUAUCAAUUACAUUAAUAAAGGAGUAAAAUAUUUGCAUAAUUAAUUUGUGUGUGUGUGUUUCUUGUCUCAGUUAUACUUUCUACUUGUAAACACAUUUUAUUACAGAUUUCAUGAACAAUUUUAGAUAACAUGUAUCAUUCACAACUGUAGCGACAAAAAGAUAUUGUCUAAAUAAAAAAAAAAAUUAAAGGGACUUUACAAUUAUUGUAGUUUCUUAAGCUCUGCUGAAGCUACAUUUGAAUAUAAAUGGGUGCAGUUUUACAAGCACUACAUACAUGGACACAAUUUAUUUGAAACAAAUAUCACAAAUCCUGAUUGUUACUGUGUGCUUAACUUGCAAUGUUUUGUUCUGAAUUAUCAAAAUUUAAUUGUAAGUAGGUUUUUCUUCCUAUUGUUGAUGUAUGGGAUAAACAUGACUAAGAAAAAAAGAUUUCAACUUUAUGAUUGACUGAUUCUAUUUUUUAAUGCUACAUUGUCAUCCUUUAAAUGUGUUUAUUAAUACUUAUAUUAUAUUAUAUGCUUUAACACAAAAGGAAAUGCAUAGAAAACAAUUCUGUUAAAAAUAUAAGUUGUAUUGCAUUUUCAAAACACACUUUGACUUUAUUUUUAUCAAUAUUUUUUUUUAUUUGGAUAUUCAUUGAUUGCCAUGCACUGCUUUAGUUCUUGCUUAAUGUUCUAAAUAUUACAUACCCAUUACAGAAUGCUUAACAGCUUUUAUUUGACUAAAUCAUGAUGUAAAACUAGUGAUGGUUGUAAAUAGUCGAUUAGUGAGAAUUAUAAUCAUAGUGGACUUAGAAAACUUUAAAGCUUAACUAUAUUAUAUUUGAAAUUACCUGCUCUGACUGUAUAAAAAUAUAAAGGUUAGUUUACAAAUUACAUUUUGGCCAGCUGGUGUUGUACCUGUCCUAAAUGCUAAAUAUGAUGACUAUGAAUGAUACAGAUUUUAGUUAUUGUUUUUAGAUUAAAAGAGCGGGACAGUAGCCUAUGUGAAGCUUACUUAUCUAGAUAUAAAGGAACAAUAAUAAAUCUUUGCGAUUUUUA